GAAAUCAGUGAAUCAAAAGAAUCAGCUCAGCGAAUUGCGCGUGAGCAAUCAGAACGAAUCGCUACUUUGGAAGCAGAAAAAACUGAAAUGCUAGCAAACGAAAAGGCUGAAGAAGAAAGACACGCUGAAGAGAUGGAAGAAUUGAAAGCAGAUAAAGAGAUGCUCUCAACCGAAGUGUGUGUGCUAAAACAAGAAGUGAUCGAUUUUCGGAGUCGUGUCGAUGCCCUGGUCGAAGAGAAUGCGACUUUAAAACAACACGAACAAACGUUGAAUGAAAGUCUUGAUACAAUGGAGGAUCGUUUGGAAGUAUGUGAGCAGAAGGUGAGAGAGCUGGAGGAUUUAUUAGAGGAACGUGAUGAAUUACUGGACGAAAGGAUUCGUGAAAUAGAUCAGUUGAAAUCGGAAUUGAGCGAAAUAAAUUCGGAUAAUUCAUCGUUGAGAAGUAGGUUACGUGAGCUGAGAGAUGACCGCGACCGAUGGAAAGCUGAUAAUGAGAAAGGCAUAAAAAUCAUCAAUAAACUCUAUAAGGAGCAAAAGGAAAGGCGUUUACGAGAUGAGUAUAUGGCCGCAAAUGGUGGUGAUGCGUCGGGAGCAGAUAGAAUUAAACAGCUUGAAACAGAUUUGGAGGAUCGGAAGCAUACGAUUGAUACAUUGAAUGAAACAAACGCUCAGUUGAGGGAACAGAUGGAAAAACUGAUGACAGAAUGUUCGAACGCUAAAAAGGAUGUGCAACAGUGGUGUGAAAAAUACGAAAAGAAAGAGAAAAUGUUGGGUGACCUCUUGAAAAUGAGGCAUUCCACAUCACCGACGGCCGUUGGAACUCCGUUAACAACUCCUCUGACGCAGAAUUUUGCUCAGUUAUCACAAACGGCGGCGCCUAUUACAUAUCCACGAGUGUUAGGAUGGUCCACAAUGACAGGGCAGUUGACAACACCACUGCGGAAUUCACCGUAUUCACGUGCGUCACCGCUUGGAAUGAUCAAUCGUGAAAACAUUCCACCGACCACAACUGUAACAAGCCCAACAUUGUCGCAGAUAGCACCAACUCAGCCGAAUUUGUCAUGA